CACUUGCAUCCUGCACCAUUUGCCAGCCAGUAACAGAGACGACAAGUCAUCAACCCAGGUUAUUAGUUGGAAACUUGACCAAACAUUCAUUACUGGCAACCUACUCUCUUCAAUGAAAAACAAUAAACCAAUCCAGGGGAAGACUGUAAUGAUAUAGAAAAAACAAAUAAAACACGUAUUGUUGCACCACACAGCAAGCCAGCUCCUCUGGACACUGGCCAAGGGAUCUGAGGAAGGCUCCAACCUGGCACAGGAAAUGGAUGAAACUUUGCAACACAAGAAAGAAUGGUCACCAUCUGAACUCCUAGGAAAGGCCUCAGGGGGUCUGGCACUCAAAGGAAUCUUGGUCAGUGAGAAUCUGAGUGACCUGCUACAGGAACGGUGCCCAUUGCUGGAAGUGCCUGAGAAAUGCAGCUUGUUGGGGCCGUCCAUGAUAGCUGUGGAGCAGACUGCUAGCUAUGAGUCUUAUACUCAUGCAGCAAAUUCCAAAAAGUCUCUGGAAAAGCUGGGAGAAGGAUUCUCCAGCCAGCUUGAAGCAGGAUUCUGGGGUAUUAAAGUUGAUGUGAAGGCAGAGUACAACUCCUCUUCCUCCACCUCUGCAUCAUCCUCCACAGUCAAUAAGAGCACCUACUCAUCUUGGUGCAAGAAGGUCCUUUUACCCACAGCAUGUGUUCAGUUGAAACCCACAGAUCUGAAAUUGUCAGAAAUGGCUCUGAACUCACUGAGGGAGGUUGAAGACAAUCUGCUAUACAGGACAACAGAUACGAAAGACACAUUUUGUGAUAAGUUUCUCGAACAGUUUGGGUCACACGUGAACAGCAGCAACAUCCACUUUGGGGCCAUUUACUUAAGGCAAGCAGAGAGUUCUGCAUUGAACCAUAAGGAGAAGCAACUGUCAGAAGAAGUCAUGACACAGCUGAUCAACAUGAACUUGGACACAAACAAAUUUGGAGCUGGUAGUGCCUCAGUUACAGCCUCAGCCUCUAAAUUUCAAUCUGUCCUUGAUAGGAAAUACAAGAGCACUCUGCUGGAUAAAAUCUAUGUUUCUAUUCAUAAAAUUGGAGGACCUAUUGAUGCACCAUCUCUGGCAGCCUGGACAGAAGGAACACACCUCAACAGCAGAACCUGGAGAGUGAUUGACCGCGGAUGCCCCAAUGAUCUGGUUCCUGUCUGGAGAAUAAUUCUGGAGAAACACAGAAGAGAUUUCAAGAAUGUGCAGUUGCUGACCGAAGCCCUGCAGAGAUGUUGGGAAACAAAGACUGGGCUAAAGGAUGAAACUAGAGGCACUGUGGAGAUGAUCAUUGUCCGCACAAGUAUUCAGGAUCUGGCCCAGGAAGUGGAGAAGUGGAACCAAGCCUCAGAAUCAGAUUUUGUUAGGAAUUGUGCCAAUUACAUUUCUAAAUGUGCAAAUAUCAAAUCCUCCCUGGGAAAACAUCAGGCAAUAGACACAGACAGAUUGUGGUAUGAUGAGUUCAUCUGUCGUAGCUCUGUUCAGAAGUUCCUCAGUAAAGUUUUAAAGUGCGCGAGCAGCGAGGAUGAAGUUUACCUGAAAAUUCGUGUUCUCGAUCUCCUGAAACCUCAGGAAAUGAUAAGCGUUAAGGAUUUUCCAAACAUUUCAGAGAUCCUACAGCAACUAACCAACCAUCCCUACAGAGAGCGAGAGCUGUCAUUCUCCAGCGCUGAGGAGGCAAAGCAAUACAUCUUGAAGCUGGAGAUGAAAUUCCGAGUUGCUGAUACUGGGAUUGAGUUAGAAGCUAGUGCCCGCAAUCAACUGGGAAAAGCAUUGUUUGAGCUGCAACUGUUUUACAAACGAAACAACUCUCUAUAUGCCUCUCUUCUUCUCCCAGCAAUACUGCAUCCAAUCUCCUAUAACGCCGAUGGAACAAUGAACCGCUCUGUCUGCCAGGGAGGAAUGUAA